AUGCAGUCGUUCAUCUCGCCCGUCACCAAGGCCAUCCUGGUGGCGCUCUUCAUCUUCGCCAUCCUGCUCAUCCUGGCGCGGGAGCCGGGCGCGGGACCGGCCCCGGUGGGGCGCAGCUCCCCGGGACUCGCGGGCCAGCGGGAGGCGCUAGCGGGGGACCGCUCUGGGGGGCCCGCGCCCGCCUGGGGCGCCUUGGGUCCCUCCGAGAGGCUGGGCACUCUGGCCAUCGGUCACCCCCUGCGCAGCGGCCCGGGGUUCCCCCCCACCCCCAGCCCGUGGCUCGCGGGAAAACCGGUCGAGAGCGCCCCGUGCGCCCUCCUCGCGUUCCCCGGCACUCCCAAGGUUGGGGGGGCGGGUGCCAACCCGCUGGCAGGGGGCUUCCUCCCCGCGUCUCCUCUCUCCACCAGAGACUCAGAGAAGGGAAAGCUUUGCCCCACACCAGUGCUCCGGGAGCAAGUUUGUGACUUAAAUAAAGACCUUGUUAGCAAGAACAUUGCAAAAAAAAAAAAGCGUCCCUCCGGAGCGUUCCUCUACAGAAAGAACGUGCCGGCCGCCCCCAAGGCGUCUUCUGGCAAUGAGGUGAAUGCGUUGGUGGGAGCGCUGAUGACUGCUCCCCCCGGGUCUGCUCGACGGGCGCCCGCUUGUCUCUCCGAGCUCGGGGGUGCACUGCGGCAUCAGGCCUCGUCGCCGCUGCCUCCGCCGGGCCCGCAGGCCCGCCUCCUCCGUGAGAGGAGCCUUGCGAUGCCUCCGACUGACCCGAAGCCCCCGCGUCCUCUCCCGGGCGGCAGACCCUUCACUGCCUCCCGUCUCCAGGGUCCCUUCUGGAGGCAGCGGGAGCUGACACCACCCCCCGCCCGUGGGGCGGGGACCCGGGCCGACCACAUCCUCCAGGUUCCCUGA